AUGGCAAUGGACGAUGCUCCAACUGGAUCAAUCGCUAACGCGCUGCCAGCGUUCGACCAACCCUCGCAGUCCACUCACUCCCCAAAAUUCCCCCUUCCCCACGCCCACUCGCACGCCUACUCGGCCCCAUCAUCUGGAAGACGGCAUUCUCUUCCUCUACACUUCCUGCCGCCCAGUCUGUGGAGCGCGAACACUUCGUCCGCGAGCCUAGUAGUUGAAUCAGAGGAAGCCGCCCGCGGCGAACACAUCCUCGACGAGGCUACCGUUGCCCACCGAAUAUCAGCACUUCGUCAGCUUAACGGUGCAACAGGAUCCGGCCAUCGAUAUGCAAAGUCAACAGGAGCAAGAAACAGUACCUUCAGUCAGCCCGUGAUUGUGCGAACAUAUUCUGGAGCGGCGGCCAGACCCCGCUCUCGACAACGAGACUUAGUUACGGUGAAGAAAGAAAAUGGGAUGUCGGCCACGGCUCCAGCCAAGAUGGAUUUGAAGCUUCCACCUGUUGAGGCUUUUAGCUUCAAGGGGAUUAUGGAGGAGAUUAAACAUGGCGUCGCGGAAGAUUUAGAGAGGAUUGCUGAGAUCUGUGCAAGGAGCAAGUAUAGCCUGAGCAAUCAGUACGAAGUACAUAUGCCGCCUCAUGGGCGCGGAGAAUCAUUUACACCUGCUUCGGGGGUUGCUACUGGUGCAUCAACACCCUCUGGAAAUGCGGCAGGUCCCACACUCCAGGCAAUCGGUUCAGACGACGAGCAUGGGCGGCCUAUGGGGAGAGGUUCGAGAGGAGGAAGACGGACAAAGUCCGUGGCAUACGGUACGCUUGAAACUAUUAUGUCUUCGUCUAGAUCAUCGGACGAAGACAAGUCGAAGAAGAAACCUGCUGCCGUGAUAGCAGAGGAGGUUCGUGGGAGAGCUGCGAAGAAAGAGCAACCAGUACAACCCAUGACGGAGCCAGCGCCGGCGCUGGAACUGACCCCUGAGGCUGGACCAUCACAUGCUCGAGCGUCAAGACAUACUCGCUCCAAAUCAGCAACAUUUGCGUCGUUCAUUAUCGACAACGCUCAAGGUCCGAAGGACUAUGCAGCUUCUCAAUUGGUUUCACCGACCUCUCUGAUAAGUGAGCCUGCACGUCCGCAAACCUCUACGGAGGCAGACCUUGGAAAUAUCCCAGUUUUCGGCGACCCAUUCCAUCCCGUUUCACCAACACUUCAUAAUUUGAUCUCUCUAAAGCCAGCCAUGAUUCAGAAUGAGUCCAAGGUGUCCACUUCAAACCAAGCAUCCAACAUGAAGCCAUCAAUUCUGGGAAACCUUAGUUCUUGGUUGCCAUGGAGCAAAACUCAAAAUCAGAGCUUUCAAGGAAAGCCUCGAAGUACUUCGCAUGCGGAGGGGAGUUUGCGGGAGUUACUGAAAACUACAGAUGGCGAUAAAAAGGGAAAAAGUGCUGAUCGCGGAGGAUGA